AUUCACUUUUAUAAACAAGACAUUGGAUAGAUAACAUGUUUGGUAAAUUGGCAGUAAAUAUAAUUGGCAUCUGAUUAAACAUAUGAAGCACCAUUCAAAGAGUUGGGCAAUUUGAAUUUAACCUCUAGAACCUUAGGCUGAAUAUCGAUAGGGGGCUAUAUAGAGAAUCAGUGAGAUAUUUGACUUUUUCAUGUUAUGAUCUCAAUCUAUAGUAAACAAUGUAAACAUUAUAUUAAACCAGUGUAAAUGUUUUAUUUAAAGUCAAUUUUCAAGUUUAUUCCCAGAUAUUCUAUCUAAUAGAAAACCAAUCAUCAUAAAUUGGUAUCGAUGGCAUCUAAUUUCAAUCAUGAAACAGACAACAUACACUGAAUCUUUGGCCCAUUUGGUGGAUUAUACUGUCAAGCCAAUUGGAAUGCAAAUUAAAAAUCUAGAUUUAUUUAUUCAAUAAGAUUGCGUCUUCAUGGACUCAAAUAUAGAAUCAAUUUUGAUAACUCCAGAUGAUAUAUCGGAGCAUUGCAUUGAAAAUCUAUCGGAUGGAAACUAUGAUGAUACCAAUUUAAACGACUUGGAUAUAAAUGCGAGCAAAAAUGAUGAGCUUGCAGAAAAUCGAAGCGAGAACAAUGAUGGUUGCUCGAAUGAUCUAUUCAUGGAAUGUGAGUCGAUAGAAAAUGAAUUCCCCAGUAUAUCAGACGGAUUUUACAAGAUUGACAAAGACAAUGAAGAUAACAAUUACGAUAUCAACAAGAGUUCAAUCCAAAAUGAGAAAUCAAAAAAUUCAAAUGCUGAACCAACGAAUACAUCAGAUGGAGAUAAUUUUGAAGAAAUGUUUUCAAUUGAUGCUCGAUAUUCAGAUGUUUUCGAACUGGCCUAUAAGAAAUUUAAAAAGUCCGACGAUGGUCCUGCUUCCAAUUCAACAAAGGUUCAGUUAGUUUCAGAUAAUUCCAAAUUUAGUUUCAAUUGCGAAUCAAAGCAAACAAAUCCAACUAAUCAAAACAAAUCAAAUCAAACUGAUGAUAAUACACCAAAUAGACCUAAAUUAUUGGCCAAAUUCAAGUAUAUCUCCGAUUCUAAGCGAGUUGAAUAUUCAAUAUCAUACAGGGAAGGUUCUGAUAAAGCGAAAGAAACGUCCGCUGAAAAGUCGAGUUUUGUGCUUCCAGAUAAAUCAAAAGCAGACGAGUCUCAAAAUGAUAAAGAGUUAGAAAAAAACAAUUCAAUUAAUACUAAGCGAUGUGUGAUAAAACUGAACAUGGCAACACUAACAAAUGCAUUGGCUAAAAUAAUUGGACAAAGCAUUCGCAAGCUGAAUAAACGCAGUUUCCUCUCCAUUAAACCCUUACCAGCUGUUUGGCCAAAAGGAAAUAUCAUAGUAAAAUGUUUAUUAAAACUGGAAAACGUUAUCACAGAAAUCAAAUCGGAUGCUGAUGCCAUUGAAUGGAUGUUCAGACAGCGGUUAAUUAAAAAGCCUGUAUGCCAGACGUGUAAUAAUCAAUUCAUAUAUCAACCAAAAUACACUUAUACAAAAUUUACUGAAAUAAUUUGGGUUUGUGGGUGUGGUAAUUCAGGAGUUGUUGUACUUCACACAGUUUUGAGAAAUUUCACAUCGGCAUGUAGACUGGUACAUGCUAUCUACUGCUGGGCAACUCGUGAUGAUAAUGCUGAGAGUCUUCUAACCUUAUUCAGCAAAGAUAAUAUAAAAGAUACAUUUGCUGUGUAUUCAUCGUUACAAUCUCUCUGUAACCGCAUCUUAACGAGAGAUAGAACGAAAUUAGCAUCAUUCGAUUCUUAUCCUGUUGAAGUUGUCUCAGUUCAAAUAGGCCAAACAUUUAUUCUUGCAGCUAUGGAGAGCAAAACAAAAGCAGUUAGACUUCAUGCUUUUUCAAUAGAUGAAAUCCACUCAGCAGCUACUAAGGGCAUCAAUAUAUUUAUUGAAAAAGUUCGUGAAUGGGUUGCACUUCCAUCAACCCUUCGAGUAUUCGAAAAGAAAUUCAAUGGCCUAAUCUCUCAUGGUUAUAAUGUCAGCUUCCUCACUAAAUCAGAAUUUUGUAAAUAUGGAUUCAAAACCAACGAUGAAAAUGCUGGUGGCUAUAUAAUAUCGCACUUGCAGAAAAUGUUUAAAAAUAUCGAUCUCAGCUCGUUAAGCGCAAAUACAAUGAAUCUCCUGUUAAGUGAACUCGAAUGGCGUGAAAAAUAUGGUUACGAGCCUUGCAUUGCUUUCCGAAAUAUAAUUACUCAUAUUGCUACUGAUCCUAUGUUUAAAAACUCUGUUAUAGAUCGUUCGUUGUCUGGUGCUCAUCAAGCUAAUGAUAGAAAGAACUGCGAAGAAUGGUUAAUCAAAAACUGUAAAAGUUGUAUGCACACUCAAGGCGAUGAAAUGGAUAAAACAAUAGUUUAUUUUUUAAACUUUGGUAACCAACAAAACAGCGAUACGAGACAGAAUUCCAAUGAUAAAGUGGACGAAUAUUAUGUUGAUGAAUAUUUUUAUGGCUAUUGGUAUCCUACAAAUGACACACUAAGCGCUUCUGAUUUUUACAAACCUAGUUUAGACAUAAUUUGUCAUUUAUGUCAGAUGCAUUUCAACAAAAGUAACAUUGGUAAACACAUGAUUGAACACUUGGACGAUGUCGAAGUCAAUGGCAAACAAACACAGGCAGAUCUAAGAAUUAGAUGUAAUCAUUGCCUGAAACUGUUCGGACCUAAAACAUUACAUUUACACAAAGAAUUGACGAGUAACAAAUUACAACAAUACGCCUGCAGGAUUUGCUGUUUACCAUUUACAAAUCGCCUGUCGUUUAUUGAGCACAUGAUUGAAACACACUGGCCAAAAGAAGCUCCUUAUAGAUGUAAUGUUUGUAAAUACCGAUCAUCAUUUCAAAAAGAUGUACUUGAUCAUUUCAGAAAGGAGCAUAGUUAUUCUGAGGUAACGAUUGCCAUUUGUCCGAUUUGUUUAGCCAUCUUACGAUGUGACAGUCCAAAUAAUCUUUCGAGAAUUGUCCAUGGUCACAUGUCGCAACACUUCGAAGCGCUUUCUACAUUUAGCUGUUCAAAUUGUACAUUGACAUUUGCUUCGGAUCAUGAUAGAAAAUGUCACUUUUUAACUUGUCACUCAGACCCAACUAACAGUUAUGGAACUGAAGUCGUGUUUGAACCAUACCGUUUACAUGCCAAAGAGCAGAUCUACAGUAUAAUCGCAACUCGCGAUGAGCUUAUGAAGUCGAAAUUUUUAAAGAAAUCGGAUCCUUCAAGUCUACAUAAAAUUUUCAUGCAGAAAGAAAAUAAAAAUGAUCUCCACAAAAGGCUAAAAAAAUUACAUAUAGGUUCACGAAGAUUGUCAGAUUUGAAAUGCAUGGAGUGUGGUUUCAAAGUAACAGAGAAUCACUUUUCACAAGCAGAAAUAUCUUGUACAAUUUGCACUUUCAAGACUUAUUGUUUGGCAAACGCCAAGAAACAUCAACAAAAUCGCCUGAUUGAAUUAAACAAAUUCACUUGCAAUUCUGAUAACUUGUCUUGGACUUGUGAAUGUGGUUUCAUAUCAAAUGACAAUAACGAUUUAGCACAUCAUAUGAUAACAGCAAAACAUUACACAUGCCAUUCAAAUAAGCUUAACCAUUCAGGAACAACUUGAAGGCUCCAUCCGAUUCAUACACUUAUUUUAAACUAAAUCAUGUCAAUCAAAUCAGCUUGAAUUGAGCUGGUUGCUUUUAUUCAAUUAAAGGUCACAAAUUACAUUGGAUAAUUGGAAACGUCUUCACCCAAACAAGGCCAAAAAUUUUUAUAUUUAGGAUGUACAUCUAUUGAUCAUAUUGAUUUUUAUUUUUUAAUUUUCCAUUACUUAUUGGAAAUACCAAUUUUAAUUUCCAAUUCAAUCCUAUGUUCCAUUCUGAAGUUCUAGCCGAUAUUUAAUAAUUUAUUGUUAUUGAAAUUUCUACCCUGUAAAUUGUAAAUUUAAAAAACAUCAUGACAAUGUCUUAUUGCAUUUAUUAAAUCUUUUAUAUCAUUGCAAAC